AUUCUUUUAGAGUUGUGUUGUAUAUCGAAAGUGGUGUUGUGUUUUUCAGUUAGUGUAUUGGAUAAUUGAGAAAUGUCGAUAAUUCAGAAGAUAGCAGAGAUCGAGGCUGAGAUGGCGAGGACACAGAAGAACAAAAACACAGCAUACCAUCUAGGCAUGCUUAAGGCCAGACUGGCCAAACUGAAGAGGGAGCUUAUAACUCCCAAGUCAUCUGGAGGAGCAACUGAGGCUGGAUUUGACGUCGCCAAGACAGGGGACGCCAGAAUAGGCUUCGUCGGCUUCCCGUCCGUCGGCAAGUCCACUCUGCUGACUAAUCUGGCAGGCGUCUACUCGGAAGUGGCGGCCUAUGAGUUCACCACUCUCACCACUGUGCCCGGAGUGAUUCGGUUCAAGGGCGCCAAAAUACAGCUGCUCGAUUUGCCCGGAAUCAUUGAAGGGGCCAAGGACGGGAAGGGAAGAGGAAAGCAAGUCAUCGCAGUUGCGCGUACAUGCAAUCUCAUCCUGAUCGUUUUGGAUGUUCUGAAGCCAUUGGGCCACAAACAAAUCAUAGAACACGAAUUAGAGGGAUUCGGGAUACGUCUGAACAAGAAACCUCCGAGUAUCUACUUCAAACGAAAAGAAAAGGGCGGUAUCAAUUUCAACGCCACAGUUACACUCACACAUUUAGACCAAGAUACAGUCAAAGCUAUUCUAUCCGAGUACAAGAUCCACAAUGCUGACGUCACAUUUAAAUGCGACGCCACAGAAGAUGACUUCAUAGACGUCAUUGAGGCGAACAGAAUUUACAUUCCGUGUAUAUACGUCCUCAAUAAAAUCGACCAGAUUUCAAUUCAAGAGUUGGACAUCAUCUAUAAAAUACCACACUGUGUGCCUAUAUCUGCUCACAACAAGUGGAACUUUGACGACCUUCUGGAGAAGAUUUGGGAUUAUCUUGACCUGAUUAGGAUCUACACGAAGCCAAAAGGACAACUUCCUGAUUACAGCGCCCCAGUGGUGCUGCCAAGUGAAAACUGUACCAUUGAAGAUUUCUGCAACAAGAUUCACAAGACCAUAAUAAAGGAGUUUAAAUAUGCACUUGUGUGGGGAACAUCCGCUAAACACGCACCUCAAAACUGCGGAAAAGACCAUCCGCUAAAUGAUGAAGAUGUAAUUCAAAUCAUUAAAAAAGUUUAAUUCAAUUUUUUCAAUUUAA